GCCACCCUCUCCGACGUAGUAAAUGCUACCUGCUCCAUCCCAUUCUCCUACAUCCGCUGACUCUCACUCACAAGCGAUGUCUGCGUUGGUCAACAAGAUCAUUCCCCUGAAGCCCGGACGCUUCUCCACCAAGUGGCUGCUCUCGGACUGGAAGUUCCUAUCGAAGAAAAGGAACACGACGCCGCAGCCGACAUCCAUUCGUCUCGUCUCUUGGAACGUCGACUUCAUGGCACCCAACGCUGACGCGAGGCUGAGAUGUGCUCUAGACCACAUUCGCAGUGCUCUCGAGGGACAAGCCGGCGGAGCCGACGCUGGCGAGUCACCUGUCCCUUGUUGUAUUCUCCUGCAGGAGAUCGAAGGCGAAGCGAUGUCCGUUCUUCUCAAGCACAGGUGGGUGCGUGAGCACUUCAUCGCCAUCCCCACCUCUGCGAACACCUGGCCGAGCCCUCGAUAUGGCAAUGUCACGCUCGUCUCGAAUACGGUACCUACAGUUGGUGCGCAAUCGCUAGUCUUCGGAAACUCCGUCAUGGGCAGAAACGCCGUCUUUGUCGAUGUGCAGUUGGCUGCUCCAGGAGAUGGGACACCGGCGCUGUUACGAAUAGCCAAUGUGCACCUCGAAUCACUACCAGAGGGCACGUCGAGGCGUCCAGCACAGUUGUUGGCCACCGCGGAGCUGCUCAGAGCACCCGGUGUACACGCGGGGAUCGUAGCCGGGGACAUGAACCCCAUCGAUCCGCGCGAUGCUACCCUCCCUGCGGAGGCAGAGUUGACGGACGCAUACCAAGGGUCCGAGGAUGACGAGACGAGUUUUACGUGGGGGUACCAGCCGAGGAACCGCUUUCCAGUGUGUCGUAUGGACAAGAUUUUGCACACUGGCAGUUCAUCGUUGGUGGUGGAUCCCCCGAGCAGGAUAGGCGUCGGACUCAAAACGGCGAAGGGCCAGUGGGCCAGUGAUCACUAUGGGCUGAUGACGACCGUCAGACUCUGUGCGGAUUGAUUCAGUAAGAUGGAUCGUUAAGUCUGCAGUCGAUGUCGUUGGGCUCCUUGCUAGCCUUAUAAUAGGCUCUUGGCAUUGGACCGCUUAUUUUCCUCAUAGCAUGCCAGUGUGUUCGUUCGCAGCUCGGCCUCAGGCUGCCAGUGUCUGCUUCCCAACGGCACCGUGGACAUGGCAGCCAGAGAAAACAUUUUUCACUAUCAGAACCUCAGGGUUCGCUGCGCUCGAUGGUUUUGGAGCAAUACGGAUUCCUUGAUCACAACCUGCAGGGCUGCUUGGUUGGCUGGAGAGACCUCAGUGCUUCGGGUGGGGAAGCGUCAAUGACAGUCAGAUGUACCUGAUGUAAUUGAAAGGACAGGCACUCGUAAGUCAGAAGUCAUAAUCCACC